AUGGAGUCGGGUCGACGGAAAGGUCUCAGCGGGGUCCUGUCUUCCUUGUCACUGCUCUGUGUCAUACUGGACCUCCAGUUGGACGGUAAGACAAGGCAGACAAGCUAGUUAGCUAUGUGUUUUUUUCUGCAAUAGUUCUGCCUGCGUUGUUGGUAACUAAAGUAUUCAGUAAUUUCCAUAUGGCUACGACCGAUUGUAACGUUAUAGGGUUCAGCAUGAUCAGGUAGCUAACUGUGUGCCCCUCAUUACUUGCUACUAGCUGUAGGCUAAAUAGGCUACCCAAACCCUUUGGCUAUCGCAGGUUUUCCACUUGUAUUUUGAAUAUCCCCUUUACAAACAAAGCCCUUGAUUUAAAUCUAGAGGGAAGAAUGCAUGUCUACAAAUAGCACAUAAUUGAAGAACAUACUCUGGUUCCUGCAUUAAAGUCAGUUCCUAUGUGGUUAGCUGAACUAGUUAUAUGUAUUGCUUUGGGGGCUUCUAAGAGACUCACACAAAGUGUUGUGUUUCAGGUGUCUUGGGGGCAACUCAUGUGGAGAUUGAGCAGCACUUGGACAUGGGCCGUAAGCUGUUGGCCGCCGGUCAACUGGCGGAGGCCUUGUCCCACUACCACUAUGCAGUGGGUAAGGUUACCAACCAGACACAAGUCAUCAUAGCUCAAACAUCCUUAGAUCCCUGCCUGUAGCCUUUGUGUCUUAAAAAUAAGUCAGGCUGCUGCAUUGCAUAACACAGUCCUUCCAAAGGAUGGAUCGUUGUAGGCCAACUUUGUCAUGCAUUCUUUCAGAUCUCUCUCUCCCCCUCACUCUCUGUCUUAAACCUAUUCACCUAGAUAAACACAUUGACCAUUUAUGCCUACACACUUUCAGUCAAUGGAUGGCCAUGUAAUCAAUAUAGCCACAUGAAAAUAGCUAGAUAUAAAGUAUGUGAUCACCUACUAACGUACUGUAUUUCACCCAAUGCCUUCCCUCAGAGGGAGACUCUAAGAACUACCUCACCUACUACAAGCGGGCAGCUGUGUUUCUGGCAAUGGGGAAGUCCAAAUCAGCCCUUCCAGAUCUGACCAGAGCCAUCCAGCUCAAACCAGACUUCCUGGCUGUAAGUGGACACAGUCAGUCAUCAACAAUAAUAUAAUCUCUGUUGUCAUGAUAAAUCACAGUUAUGGACAACAAUGUUGUGAUAACUCUUUCUUUCUCCAUCUAUCUCUGCCUGUUUACCUGUAUCUUUCUCUAUCUUUGUGUCCUAUCUUUCUCCCUCUCUGGCUCCCUCCCUCAUUCUUUCACACUCUCUCCUCCUACUUUCAACAUCCAUCCCUCUAUCUCUCUCCCUCCAACUGCCUCCAUGUUUCCAGGCCAGACUGCAGAGAGGGAAUAUCCUCCUGAAGCAGGGCAACACCCAGGAGGCUCGGGAGGACUUUGAGGCUGUGGUAAGUCUAGAUGCAUAGAAAUAUAACUACUAUAAUGCUACUAUUACCAUACUAUUAAUUAUAUUUCUAUGUCUAGAUGCACCUUAUUCUUCUUUCAAUCAAAAUCUCACUGCUGUAUUUUCUGAAUGCUCAUACCAUCAUCGUAUCCUCUCGCUGUCUCAUGUUGCGCUUAAAGUAAAAUCUCAUUCAUUAUCCUUUUUUUAUUGCAAUUAUGUGAUGUGGGCGAGGUAAAGGGAAUCUGAAGGAUUAGAUUACAGACUUGAUAUGAGUUGUGUGGUAUUAUGUCUUUUUAGACCUGAUAUGAGUGAUCUGUUAUAGCAAUUAUAAGCAUGUAAUAAAUGACACACAGUUUCUUCAGAAACUUUACCUCUCUAUUUUCUUUAUUUUCUCCUCCUCAGCUGCAGCGCUCCCCUGACCAGGAGGAGGCGCAGGACCAGUUGAUGAGGGCAAACGAGCUGGAGGAGCUCCAGGAGGAGGCCCACGCGGCCCACCACAGAGGAGACUACAGCACCACCAUCACUGUGCUGGACCGCGUCGUAGAGGUAGGAGUUAGCACCGCCACAGGGCCUAGAUAUUGGGCCUGGUCAUGGAGGUAGGGGUUAGCUCUGCCACAGGGCCUAGAUAUUGGGCCUGGUCAUGGAGGUAGGGGUUAGCUCUGCCACAGGGCCUAGAUAUUGGGCCUGGUCAUGGAGUUAGGGGUUAGCUCUGCCACAGGGCCUAGACAUUGGGCCUGGUCAUGGAGGUAGGGUUAGCUCUGCCACAGGGCCUAGACAUUGGGCCUUGUCAUGGAGGUAGGGUUAGCUCUGCCACAGGGCCUAGACAUUGGGCCUUGUCAUGGAGGUAGGGUUAGCUCUGCCACAGGGCCUAGACAUUGGGCCUUGUCAUGGAGGUAGGGGCUCACUCUGUCACAGGGCCUAGUCUGAGGAUGGAAAGAAAUGCCUAUUCACCUAAACAAUACCUUCAUCAUCAAACAGUGCUGUACUAUACUUCAACAGUCUUUGUAUCAAAUCAUAAAAAGGGAAAAUUCACACCACUGACCUUACCUCUCUUUCUCCUCAGCUCUCCCCCUGGGACCCUGAGUCUCGGGAGCUCCGGGCUGAAUGCUACAUCCGCCUGGGAGACCCCAGGAAGGCCAUCCAGGACCUGACUCCCACCACCCGGCUGAGGAACGACAACCGAGCUGCCUUCCUCAAGCUCAGCACCCUGCACUAUAACCUGGGGGAACACCAGGAGUCACUAGGGUACGCUCACUAGGAAUUUGUAUUAGUAAUAGGGCGGAGUGAUUUAAACAAACAAACAAUCAACCACAUUUAUCAAGCAAAUACAUGUAAAUGAAGAGGUUUUGGGCUUCAGAGCAACAUUGGUUUGAGUUUUUGUAUUUGUGGUUGAUUGUGGCACUUGAGGUUUGUUAGUUAGUAAAGAAUACUCACUCUCUUUCAAAAUACAUGAAAAAAUAAAUAAAUAGAAAUCUCAAUCCGCUUUACAUUAUACGUAAAUCUCUCUCUUUGCUCUCUCUUUCUCUCUCGCUCUCUCUUUCUCUCUCUCGCUCUUUCUCUCUCUCCUCUCUCCUCUCUCCUCUCCCUCUGCAGUCACGUCCGGGACUGUCUGAAGCUGGACCAGGACGACAAGGAGUGUUUUUCCCACUACAAACAGGUGAAGAAGCUCAGCAAGCAGCUGGACUCUGCCGAGGAGCACAUCAAGGAGGAGAGGUCAAUACCACUAUCUAUAAUGAACAAAAAUACAGUUCAUAUAAGGAAAUCAGUCAAUUUAAAUGAAUGUAUUAGGCCCUAAUCUAUGGACAAUACUGGGCAGGGGUGCAGCCAACUGUGGGCCUGGGUGGGCACCCACUGGGGAGCCAGGCCCAGCCAAUCAGAAUUAGUUUUUCCCCCACAAAAGGGCUUUAUUACAGACAGAAAUACUCCUCAGCACCCCCACUCAGACGAACCUGCAGGUGAAGAAGCCUGAUGUUGAGGUCCUGGGCUGGCGUGUUUACACGUGGUCUGCGGUCGUGAGGCAGCUUAUGGUAGAGAAAUGAACAUUCAAUUCUCUGGCAACAGCUCUGGUGGACAUUCCUGCAGUCAGCAUGCCAAUUGUACACUCCCUCAAAACUUGAGACAUCUGUGGCAUUGUGUUGUGACAAAACUGCACAUUCUAAAGUGGCCAUUUAUUAUCCCCAGCACAAGGUGCACCUGUGUAAUGAUGCUGUUUAUUCAGAUUUUUGGCCAAAAAUUAAAAUAAGCUAUUUACAUUCAGAAGUGGCAUAUAUUGUCUGCCUUUCGCCUACAAAUAGGGGAGGAAUCAGUAAGAUCAGUAGUGGAAUUAUUUUGUAUUUUGGUUGUUAUCAGUAAAAAAAUCUGAGCAGGCUCAACUUUUACUAAAACAAUGGGGAGGAACCAGAAUAUAAUCAGUUUUAGGCUGCUGGAAUUCUUUGCAGUUUGGUUGUUUAAAUGGGGCAACCUCAGAGCAGGCUUAACAUGCACAACUGCUCAGUUCACUUGCCCCAGGCAAUAGGGCAACCCUUAAUACCUUCCUAUGUGGUCUUAAAUAGUAGUCCCUCCAUGCGGGCUUAUGUUUCAGUUCCCAUGCAAGUUUUUUAUAUUUCAGUCCUUGUGUUCCUUUGACAGUUUAAUAUUUUAGGUUUCUUCUCAGGUUUCUUUUACAGUUUUAGCACUAAACCUAUCCUAUUUGUAUCGACUUUGGUUGAUUUUAGUCAUGACUAUUGUACAGUGGUUGUAUUGCCCUUAAAUGUAUAUUAUCGAAUGUUUGUUCUCAGGUAUCAGGAGGCCAUAGUCCAGUAUGAGUCAGUGAUGAGGACAGAGCCUAAUGUCCCCGUACUACACCAACAAAGCCAAUGAGAGGAUCUGCUUCUGCCUGGUCAAGGUGGGUCCGAUCACAGAGAAAUAUUGAACCUAUGGAGUGGACCAUUACCAUGGCCUCAGCCAUAGUCAUUUGAUAGUAAAACCUUGGCCUGUUCUUCUACUAAAGUCAGAAAUUAAUUGGUAGUGUGAUCGAAUUUUCAUAAUUACUUUUACAACCACUGAUUUCACAUAACUCUUUAAGUAUAUUAGUUAAUGAUUAAGUAAUUACAAAUGGACUGGGUCCCAAUAAUAAUGCUUUAUAUACGUUGCUCCAUUAUUCUCAACCAGAACAAGAUGGCUGCUAAGGCAAUAGACAUCUGUUCUGAAGCCCACCAGAGAGACCCACGCAACAUCAACAUCCUCCGAGACAGAGCUGAGGCUUUCAUCCUCAACCAGGACUACGAGAAAGGUACUUUCACCAUUGCUAUUACUGUAGCAAAGAGAAUGAUGGCAUGGAAUGAUAACACUUUAUGUCGCAUUGUUUUUCACUCCCUCAAGUACUCAAACACUGGCUUUGUUUACUUGUGGGCUUUUUGUAGCUCAGGGGCGCCCAAACUUGCCAUGUAACCCAGUGUUUGUAGCCAGGAGCCAGUCUAAAGCCUGAACUAAAACUAGCAUUUUCCCCCUCUUAAUAGCUCUGACUUUGCUGAUAGCUACUUUAUUGAGGACAAAUGUACUUACUGUGAUUUGUGGUUGUCCCACCUAGCUGUCUUAAGAUGAAUGCACUAACUGUAAGUUGCUCUGGAUAAGAGCGUCUGCUAAAUGACUAACAGUGGGAUCAUUGUGCCAGCUUUGUCAAGUAUCCAUUUGAAUCUUUCUUUCGGUCUCUCUCUGCCUUUCUUUACCUCUCCCUCCCUCUCUAGCGGUGGAAGACUACCAGGAAGCGAGGGAGUUUGACAUGGAGAACAAUGAGAUCAGGGAAGGUCUAGAGCGAGCCCAGAAACUGCUCAAGCUCUCCCGGAAGAGGGACUAUUACAAGGUCCUGGGUGUCAAUAGGUAUGGCUGACCUAGCGAAGGGAGCCCUGUUCAAAUACUUCUUAAAAACAGAAUUCCUUCCUUCCUUGACAUAAUCUACUCUCUUUGUGAUCUUUAAGCAAUUGGACAAGUGAAAGGUUCAUUAUGUUGCAAUUAUUUUCACCAACCUCUGUGAUCACCUCAGGGAAAUUGGAAUGCUUUUGCUCCUUGUAUUCAAACAGGCUUUUACCUUAGCUUAUGCUAUUUUUCUCCAGGAGUGCCAACAAACAGGAAAUCAUCAAGGCGUACAGGAAGCUGGCCCAACAGUGGCAUCCUGACAACUUCAGAGAGGAGGCGGAGAAGAAGGAGGCAGAGAAAAAGUUCAUCGACAUCGCCUCUGCUAAAGAGGUGCUCACCAACCCAGGUACCGUACUGUAUAUGCACCUGAUAGUGUUGGUCAAGCUUGUAGAUAAGAGUACUAUUAACCUGUCCCAUACUGGAAAAUGUAUAUCUGGUGUGAUUGUAUUUAAGAAGAUGUAGCCUAUUUGCAGUAUGAUGACAUCCUGUCAGACCUGUUUUCAGGAAUCUAAAUGUGUGUUGAAAACACAGCUGGAAACAAGAUGAACUAGUUUUUUAUUUGCACGUCUCUCCAUCCCCUGUAGAAAUGCGUCAGAAGUUUGACUCGGGCGAGGACCCCUUGGACCCAGAGAGCCAGCAGGGUGGAGGAGGGGGUCAGGGUGGCCAAGGGCCCUUCCACUACAACCCCUUCGAGUCCGGCAGCAACUACCACUUCAAGUUCAACCACUAG